ACUGUCAUAGUGUCACUAAACUAAGUUCUCUUUCCGUAUGUAUGCAGAAAGGGAAAAAUAAAAUAACCAAUAGCAGCCAAAGUCUAACCUUAGACAUUUUAAAAUAAUAAUAAUCAUACUUUUUCUGAAAUCAUAAAAGUGAAAUCUUCCCGAUGGCUUUUUAUUGUUGUGGCAGACUAAGUGCUAAGCCAGUUCUGGCUGGUUUAGGAAGGUUGCCACUGGCGUUGAAUACUGCCCAUUAUGCGCAAGCAGCUUCUGUUCCUAAAAUUACGUUCAAAAAAUUUGAACCACCUAAACCUGAGCAUUAUGAUGACAAAAAUGCUCGCCUGAAUCGACCUUUGUCUCCCCAUCUUACUAUAUAUUCACCCCAACUGACAAGUAUCUUGUCCAUCACGCAUCGAGUUGCAGGUAUGACUAUUUCAAUAGUAAGUGUAGAAUGUAUAUUAAGCUCCCAACAUACAACAUAUUAUUAAAUAAUUACCGUCCCGUAUUUAGGCAAUUUGGAAAGAUUUAAUUAGUUGUUUCAUACCGUUACAGCCUAUUAAAGUCCAUUGUUCUUAAUAGGCGUCUCCCAUAGGUGUCUCAUAGAGGGAUAUUUGGUUCCCAACUGCAGUUUUUUUAUUUUUAGUAAUUAGGAGGAAGACGCUGUUGCCCCUCUCCUGAUUUGUGUGCCCCUGUCGCCUCUUACGGCACCCAUGGAAUGAUGUGGGCUAAUAAUGACUAUUCUUACUGUUGUUUUGUACAGAUUUUUUUUAAUUUACCUUAAUCCAUUUUUUUUCAUAAAACGGAAGUGGCAAACAAAAUUACAAUCCACCUGAUGGUGACUACAGCUGUCCAUGGUCACAUGCAGCUCCAGCCAACUUUAAAAAAGAAGGCUAUCGGUGUGUUGUCACCUCUACAGAUUAAGAUGGAAUGCCAGACCGCCUGUAAUUGUACUGGCUACUAUACCUUUCAACCUUUCAGACCAGGACACAGUGCAAGUUCUGUUAUUUGGUGUUAAAAAUAGAAAAGAAAAUGGUAAUUAUCAGAUGAACUUCUAGAAAGAAUAAUUUAAAAUAUAAUAUAAAUUAUUAAGAAUAACUCAAAAACUAUUCGUCAGACCUUGAUCAAAUUUAUAUGGGACCACAUGUGAAGCACCAGCUUUCAAAUAAAAAAAGAAUCAUCGAAAUCGGUUCACCCAGUAAAAUGUUAUGAGGUAACACACAUAAAAAAACAUACAGUCGAAUUGAGCACCGUCUGCUUUUUGAAGUCUGUAGAAAAGAAUCCUACCACCUAAUAGAUACAACACUAAUUUAAUAAUUAAAAUUUAUAAAGUUUUGAAUGAAUUAGAUAAUUGAUUUGUUUUGUUUAUAUAAUAUAUCCAUCAUUCUGUUAUCAAGACUCAGUUUUAGAAAAAGACUGUACAACUUACGCUUUUCUUCAUAUUUAAUGUUUAUACAUACUCGUAUUAUAUUGAUUUUUAAUGUAAUGGCAGUGUAAGUGAAUUCAUUAGACUUAUUGAGGUGUUUUGCAAACGUAAAUUGUGGACUAAAAGAACGAAACUAUACUCUAGAUCUAGACAUUUUCCAUUGUUGGAAAAUGUUUACUCUUAUUUUAUAAUGGUAUAAAGAGCAGGAUAGAGCCUUUUGUACUGCUCCAGUGCAAAUUAGCAAAUAUUUUUCUUUAUGAUAUUUUCAUAGGAUUAUCACUAAAACCAUUGGAUCAAUUUUUCUGUUUCAUUAUAAUUAAAUUAAAUAACAUAAUUUAAUGUACUUAUUUAUUUAAUACUAGCUGUUCCCCGCGACUUCGUUCGCGUGUUAGGGUUUUUAUGUUUCUGCGCGGAACGCUGAUUCUUUUUCUAAAAUAAAAGUAGCCUAUGUUACUCCUUAUGAAAUCAGCUAUCUGCCAGUGAAAGUCCCGUCAAAAUCGGUCCAGCCGUUUCGGAGAUUACCCGGAACAAACAGACAGACAGACAGACAGACAGACAGACAAAAAUUUUAAAAAUUGUAUUUUAGUUAUAGUAUCGUAUUUACUUUCAUAUGCAUUUAGUAAAAAACUGCAAUUUUGACAUUACAAACAGACACUUCAAUUUUAUUUAUUUGUAUAGACUAGCUGUUCAGCUUGUUAUUUGGGGUUUUAAUUUUUUUCUGCGGUACCCUAAUUCUUUUCUUUUUCUUAGAUAAACGUAGCCUAAGUUACUCCUUGUGACAUCAGCUAUCGCCAGUGAAAAUGCCGUCAAAAUCAGUGUAGCCGUUUUGGAGAUUAGCAGGAACAAACAGACAGACAGAUAGACAAAAACUAUAAAAAUUGUAUUUUUGUUAUUAGUACCAUAUAUACUUUCAUAUGCAUUUAGUAAAAAGCUGUAAUUUUGACAUUACAAACAGACACUUCAAUUUUAUUUAUUUGUAUAGAUGUUUUUCAUUAUAUUUACAUUUUCAAUAAAUUAGUCUUUAAUAGUGCUGAUUAGUAACAGGUAAAUGACUAUGUGAGAUAAGGAUAUCUAAUAUGAAUUAAAGCAUAGCAAAGACACUACACUCAAAAGUUGUUGGGUAUGUGUAUCUAGACCAAAUUGGCUAGCUAUGUCCAACUUCGACCAUGAGGUCAGUCCAUUAGUCCAACUCCGCUGUUGGAUUCUUGUGGAGUAUUCCUAAAAAUCUUAAAACAAACCUUAUCUCAAACGAGAUGUGGCCCUUUACUGCUGGCCAUAAGGGGGAGCUUGAGGAAUUCCAAUAUAAGAUGUCUUAAUUUCAUAUAGUUAAAAAUAUAAGACAUCUGUAUAUUUUUAAAUAAUAAUUUAAUUUAAAUUAACAUUGAAAACUGGCUAUGUCCUGAGAUGCUGAAAAGUAACAAAAUUAAAUUAUAUGAUGUAGUAGUUUAUUAUGAAGACGAUUUUCGAGGAGAAAGAAAUUUGAAUAAUUGGUUUAGUAUGUGCAAAUUCAGACUAAUUACACCAAUGAAAAAUUUACAAAACCAUCAUUACGUAUGUCCCUUCUUCGGCCUUCUAAACUGGACCAAUUUUAAUAACUUUCAUGAACAAUAUGCUACAUGUCUUAUAAAUGGCGGUACAUAACUAGGGUAACUGGUUUUAUUAAUUUUAGAAGUUCUUAGUUUUUAAAAUAAUUAAUUUACGAAAAAAUAAACAAAGGACAAUGGCAGUGGUAGAUAUAGAUUGUAUUAUAAAAAAAUAUAUCUGUAUAGUGUCAUUAUUCAGGAAGAAAAUACAGGAAUGCAUUUGUAUGGACUAAAUACUGCCUGGAUAUACUCGUGAUAAAGUGAAAUACCCAAUUAUAAGUAUGUUCCACAUUUAUAACAUAGUACAUGCAUACAUACGUACAUACAUACAUACAUACAUACACAUACUCCCACCCAUAGUGGUAGGAAGAUACAAUGGACUUCCUUUUGGCAUAAUCCUGACACACCUCUCAUCUCCUUCACAUCUAUAUACCUCAGCAUAUAUGCUCAUCGGUUUACUGUUAAUUUUGCCUAUGUUCACCAUCGCCAAUUUGGCCGAUAAACUUUGUCUAUAACAUAGUAUCAUGCUUUGUUUUUUACUUUACAUUUCCGUUUUAGGUAUGAUGCUGUCUGGUUAUAUCAGCGCCCUGGGGAUUGGAGCUUUGGUAUUACCUAAUGAUGUAUCUCACUACAUUACAAUGAUUGAAGGUUUGAAUUUGUCUCCUGCAACACUUUUCUUGGCCAAGGCAAUAAUUGCCGCUCCAUUUGGCUACCAUUUUGCUAAUGGAAUUAGACAUUUAUACUGGGACACGGCCAAAGGUUUGACUAUCAAAGAGGUCUACACUACAGGAUAUGUUAUGUUAGCUACUGCCACCGCUAUUACGUUACUCCUUGCUGCGUUAUAAGUAUCAAUGAACAUAUAGAAGAAAAACACAAUUGAAAUUGUAUUGAAUAUUAUUUAUUUGUUCUCAUUAUAAGUAUAAUAAAAUUUUAUAAAAUCGGACUUAGCUUUUUAUUUUGUAUUUUAAAAAAAAAACUACUGUCAAGUUACCUAAGUAUAAUAUAAAUUGUUAUGGAUAUUAAUUAUUAUGUUGUCAUUAUAAGUAUUAUGAAUUAAAAAAAAUUCAGACCUU